AUUAUAAUUCUUAGAAAGCCUGCCUCAUGGAUUCCAAAAGACAGAGGAACAGGAUAUAACUGAAUGCGGGGGAGACAGAAGCAAAUUUAUCCGGAAUCUGCCAAAUUAUAUAUAUUCUGUAAGCAUACGAUAAAUUAUUAGUCGAAACUGAGAGUUAAAUUGAGGAGAUUUGAAAAUUAGUUCAUUACUUAUUAUUUUUCUUCACUAUUGUUGUUAAAUUGUUUACAGUCUAUAUUCAUUCUGUCAAUAUUCGUACGUGAUAUAAAGCGAAAUACUUUCGAAACGUUCUCGUUUGAAACAUUCAUCAGUGGAAUAACAGGGCCCAUUGUUUUCCUUCGCUCUACCUGAAACACAAUGCCUGUACCAGUUCUACUCCAAAGCAUGCAGGGUGAAACAAAUGAAAAAAACAACGGACAUUCAGUUCCAACAGUUUUUGAAAAGUUUUCUGUAAAUACACUCGCAGAAGUGAAUAUUGAAAACAAUGAACCAGAAAAGAAAGAAAACGGGAUAGCAUACACAUUAGAUGACGUACCUCCAUGGUAUUUGUGCUUUAUCUUAGGUUUACAGCAUUAUUUAACAAUGCUUGGUGGCACUGUAGCUUAUCCUUACAUAUUAGCACCUCACAUGUGCAUUCCGGAAAAUUCCCCUGCUAGAGGAUACCUAGUUUCAACCACAUUUUUCGUAUCUGGUAUUUGCACGUUCUUGCAAACAACAUUUGGGGCUAGAUUGCCAAUUGUUCAAGGAAGUUCCAUGGCUUUCCUAGUUCCCAUUCUAGCAAUAUUACACCUACCUGAAUGGCAAUGUCCAGAUGUUGGAAAUCAGACAACUAUCUUGACUAACAAAGAAUGGGAUUACGUGUGGAUGUCAAGAAUGAGAGAGGUUCAAGGUGCUAUAAUAGGAGCGUCCAUAUUUGAAACAAUUAUUGGAUUCACAGGCAUUAUUGGCUUUCUGCUCAGCUGGAUAACUCCUCUGGCUAUUGUUCCGACUAUUUCUCUCGUUGGGAUAUCCUUAUUUGCUGAAGCUGCAAAUUCAGCCUCUGGACACUGGGGAAUAGCUGGGUUUACUAUCGUGCUUUUGGUGAUUUUCUCUCAGUGUCUGAGGGACAUAGGUGUUCCUUACCCCAAGUACAUAUCAAAAACAGGAUGGAAAACCACUCAGUUCCCCCUAUUCAAAUUGUUUCCGGUCAUUUUGAGCAUUUUAUUGGCAUGGUUCUUAUGUGCUAUUCUGACGUGCACGAAUGUUUUACCAGCUGAUAAUCCUGCUAGGACUGAUAUUCGUUUAACCGUUUUGAGGGAAAGCCCGUGGUUUAAACCGCCGUAUCCAGGUCAAUGGGGUCUUCCUACAUUUAGUACUGGAGCAAUCUUUGGUAUUCUUGCUGGCUCAUUAGCAUCAGCCAUAGAAUCCGUUGGAGACUAUUAUGCUUGUGCUCGACUGGCAGAAGCACCUCCUCCACCGAAGCACGCUAUCAACAGAGGCAUUUUUAUGGAAGGAAUUGGCUGCAUAGUGUCAGGUUUAUUUGGAACAGGAGGUGGUGUUACAUCUUACAGUGAAAACAUUGGGGCUAUCGGUAUCACUAAGGUUGCAAGCCGCAGGGUGAUUCAGUACGGGUCGGUUCUUAUGAUAGUAUUUGGUCUGCUAGGAAAAUUUGGAGCACUGUUUAUAACUAUUCCAGAACCUAUCAUUGGAGGCGUAUUCUGCAUCAUGUUCUCGAUGAUCACUGCUGUUGGUUUAUCCACUUUACACUUCGUAGAUUUAAAUUCAUCUAGGAACCUUUUUGUUCUCGGAUUCUCUAUUUUUAUGGGCUUAUGCAUUCCUAAAUGGUUACAAGCUCAUCCUGGUGUUAUUAAUACUGGUAGCUCCAUCUUCGACCAAAUUGCAACAGUUCUCAUGAGCACAAACAUGCUUGUUGGCGGAUUUAUAGGCUUCGUGUUGGAUAACACUAUUCCUGGAACAGAUGAAGAAAGAGGUGUAUUAAAAUGGAAGAAACACGAGCACGGCAAUGCAGAUCUCACAGUGUCCAAAGCAUCUACAUCUUACGAUAUUCCAUUUAUAACACCAAUGCUUCGAAAAGUGCCUUUAUUCAGUUAUUUACCCAUUAGUCCUACAUAUGAUGAGGAAAGUGUUCAAAGCAGGAUUUCUUACCUCAGAAAAUGUAUGAAGUCACAACGGAACUCGGAUGCUGCAUCCUCUCAAGAACAAAUUCCAGAUGAGCCUGGAAAGGUCAGCUUUGAUCAUUAUAAAAUAAUUCUACGAUUAGAAACCGUUUCAAAAAUGGCGAAAAGGCUUGAGGAGGGCAUUUCUAUGAGUCUUCAAGCCAGUCCAGAUUUAUCACGAGAGACAGAACCUGAUGUUUUAUACAAACUGGAAGACACUCCUCCCAUGUAUCUUGCUAUCAUACUUGCUUUUCAGCACUACUUGACGAUGUUUUGUGGAGCCAUUGCUGUGCCUUUCUUAAUAUCAUCAGAACUGUGCAUGGAAAAUGAUAAUCCACAUAGAGGGGAAAUCAUUUCUGCAACAUUAUUCGCGUCAGGAAUAGCAACAAUUAUGCAGGCAAGUUUUGGUUGCAGGUUGCCCAUAAUUCAAGGGCCAUCUUUGUCUUUCUUGAUUCCAGUGCUUACGAUUCUUGCUCUUCCAAAAUGGAAAUGUCCGAGCAGAGAAACAUACCUAAAUAUGACGGACAGUGAAAAAGACGAAGUCUGGAUGUCUAGAAUGCGAGAAAUUCAAGGAGCAAUUAUUGCUGGAUCUUACGUUGAAGUCCUGGUAGGAUUAACUGGUUUGAUUGGUUUGCUAAUGAAGUGGAUAACUCCCUUAGCUAUAGUUCCAACAAUUACUUUGAUUGGAUUGUCACUAUUCAAAGAAUCUGCAAAACAAGCUUCUGGAAACUGGGGUAUUUCAGCUCUCACAAUUAUCCUUCUGAUCAUAAUCUCUCAAUAUAUGGCUGAAAUAAAGAUGCCGAAAUGUUCCUAUUCAAAGAAUAACAGCUGCCAUGUGAGCUGGUUUCCGUUCUUCAAAUUAUUUCCAAUAGUGCUGACGGUCAUUAUGACUUGGGGCUUGUGUGCAAUAUUAACAGCCGCAGACGUUCUUCCCAUUAAUAAUGAUGCUCGGACCGAUAAAAUGUUAUCAGGUCUUAGAAAGUCGCCUUGGUUUCUUGUGCCAUAUCCCGGAAAAUUUGGAGUGCCUACUUUCAAUAUAGGACCGGCUCUAGGAAUCAUAGCUGGGGUUGUGGCUUCUGUUGUUGAGUCUGUGGGAGAUUACUACGCCUGUGCAAAACUGUCUGGAGCUCCACCUCCCCCGAUGCACGCUAUAAACAGAGGUAUUAUGAUGGAAGGAGUAGGUUGUGUUGUUGCUGGAAUUUUGGGCACUGGAAGUGGACUUACUUCAUUCAGUCAAAACAUUGGUGCGAUUGCAAUUACAAAGGUCGGCAGUCGCAGGGUUAUUCUGCUAGCUGGUGUGAUGGUAAUUGCAAUUGGAAUGGUGGGCAAAUUUGGAAUGCUGUUAGUCGCUAUGCCUACUACUAUCAUGGGUGGCAUUCUUUGCGUCAUGUUCUCCAUCAUAACGGGAGUAGGCUUGUCUAGUCUACAGUACAUUAACUUGAAUUCUUCAAGAAAUCUCUUCAUUAUAGGAUUUUCAGUGUUUAUGGGGUUAUGUAUUCCAGCCUACCUUCACGAUCAACCAAAUGCUUUACAAACAGGAAAUGUUCUCGUUGACCAAAUAAUUGACAUUUUAUUAAAAACAAGCAUGUUCGUUGGAGGUUUCCUAGGUUGUUUGUUAGACAAUACAAUACCAGCAUCUUUGGAAGACAGAGGGAUACUUACGUGGAGAAGACAGACAAUGUCCGAGUCAAUAGGAACUGAAUUUUGUGGCAAAUCCUACGAUUUGCCAUACGGCAUGGAAUUCAUUAGACGAUUCAGUUGGAUGAAAUAUUUUCCCGUUAGCCCAACAUAUGAAAGAAAAAUCCCCAAAUUAUUUUUUUUUUUGUAAAUCAUCUUCAGAAAACUGAUUAGUAAAGUGCUCUUGCCAUUAAUGUUCUAAACAGAAAUAAACCUAUUGCUUGAAUAAUAAAAGAAAUAACUUAUUA